AUGUGUGUAUUAAUCCAAUAUGCAUAUUUUUAAUAUAGCAAUUCGCCCGGUCUGCCAGUAAUACGUAAGAUUAUAGACAGAGCCGAGUACGCUUCCGGUUCCUGUCCCUCAGCAUGUUGUUAGCUACGAGCUUGCCGUACGUUGACUGCGCGCUUUGUGACUGUUGAUAGCCGUUUUCUUCUUCAUCGUCGUCUUUUCAAUUUCAAACCACCAAGUCAAACAGGGGACACUUCUCGGAGAACUAAGGCUCUACCGGGAGACGCACCAUGUCGAGGCGCUACAUAAGCGGUGCCUCCUGAAGGAGAAAGGAAACUGUGACGCCGAUGACACUAUGGGCGGUAUAAGUUUCCACCGUUUUCCUCGGGACCCCUUGAGCUUUCAGUCUGUAUGGACACUCCCUGGAUAGGUCAUCCUUCCACAGUGAGGUGGUACAAGGCGUGGCUGGAGUUUUGCAACCUGGAGGCGGAUACGAGUCUAAUUUCCAUUCGCUCUAAGGUCCUGUGCUCCCAGCACUUCGCACCAGUUGCUUAUUUGCGCACAGGAAGGCUUCGGUGGGAUGCAGUUCCUACAUUGAAGCGCACACUGCAUGGCGUUGGAGGAAGUAGUGCCUACGCCAAUCAGAGCAGACUUGAAAGCAGUGGGCCUUCAACGGAGGAACGUGUGCAAGCUGUGGUAGCCUGCGAUGACGACAGCACAGGAGCAAUACACCUUCACCAGAUGAGUCAUCCUUGCCAUGCUGAAGAGUGUGGUACUGAAGAAAGUCAGCAACAGCGUGAUCUGUCUCAUCAGGACCAUAGCUACGCACAACACGCACCAGCCUUGUCAACACAGAGCACUGUUGUCUCCCCACUAGCUGCAGUUGUCACUCCUCUGCCAGGAACGUCGUCUGGUGUACUGCGUGCAGUCUCGUCACCUCAGCACUUAGGAGGUGGAAGUGGCUGGCAUCCCCCCAAAGAUUGCCCAUCGUCCAGUAGUCUAGCAGCUCCAGCACAGCCAACAAAAGGCAAGCUGGAUAACCUCCGCAAGAAAGUGCGCCAGUUGCAAGCCCUGUGUUCAGCACCUGUGUUCAUAGAUACCUAGCAUACAUUUUCUAUUUUGAAUCUUCAGCAGUUUGCUAUUCUUUGAUACGUAUUAGGUGUAUCCGUGUGGAAGCCCCAGCCGUCAUCCCAUAAUAAAGUUGUUGUUUGCUUCCCCUUGUAUAUAGAUUCCUAGCAUGGAUUUUCUAUUUUGGAUCAUCAGCAGUUUGCCCUCUCUUUGAUAUGCAUUUAGUGUAUACCUGUCUACAUAGAUCCCUAGUACGUAAUUUUAUAUUUUGGAUCAUGUGCUGAGUUCGAUAGUUGUGUGCACAACUGCCAGUAUGUACGUGCAGUUAUGUGCAGGGCUAAGCACUUUGUGCAGCUUAAAAAACCUACACCACGUAGCAAAAUGUGCACAAAAUAGCAGAAGCAGAAAACAUUGUCAAUGCUUUGACAUGCCUUUAAUACAAAAAUGCUGUUGUAAUCAAAGUAGUAGUCAUGAACAGUGUGUAUGCUCUGAACAAGGUUGUCAUUGCUGGAAGCUGAUAGUAUUUUGGCUGUUUUGCAAGAUAAAGUAUCACAGACUUCUAAACUGAGCUAAUGGACUUGUGCUUUCGAAUUCCUCCAUAGCAUUCAUUACGAAUGCCAAAAACUGUUGGGAGACAUAGCACCACACAGCAUGCAAGUAUCAUAUAAUGUGACCCAAAAGUGCAAAUAUGUUCACUUCCGCCUUCUUGGUACGAGAGAUAUGUGGAAAGCUCCAGACGUGCAUGGGGACAGCAAUAGUCCUGGGCCCUAUCUAUGUUUGCUGGAAUUUGUACAUUAUCUUUUUGUGCUUAUUCACUACAUAGGCUGUCACACUGGUUAUUGCACAUUAUUCUGUCGUGGGUGUUUAUACUGGAGUUGGACGGACUACAUAAUACUGUUUAUACUGUAUUUAUACUGUUUACAAUGCCAUGGCGAAUUUACCUGUGAUAAAAGAAAGCAAGCCCCCA